AUGCGGGUCGAGCUGUCAUUUGUCUGCCCCGCCGCAGGCGCAGCUUCCGCGGCCCGAGUUGCGGCUCCGGCGCUAGUCCUAUCGUCCGAUUCCGCCUCGUCGCCGCGGACCGUCAGCCCGGGCUCCUCGCUCGGCCGCCUCAGCCAGCAGUCUGGCGAGAUUCGCUGCCCGUUUUGGAGGACCCGCGCCUAUGAUGCGCUCGAGGCGGCGCUCGCGGUCGCCAACUUUGUCGCGGCGCGCCACAAGAGCAUCCUCGACCGGCAGUGGCUUCCCGGCUCCGACGCCUCGCUCUUCGCCCCGCUCGCGCUUCCCGUGCGGCCGAUGGGCGAGAAGACGCGUGGGCUGUCGGUGGAGGAGGUGAUGGCGGUGGUGCGUGAAGACAUCGAGGCGCGCGGGUACUACGUGACGGGGCGGCUGACGCAGGCCGUCUACUCGGACGGCUGCUACUUCGACGCGCCCGACCCGGACAUGCCCGUCAAGUACACGGACGCGCUUCGGGGGCUGUUCGACCCGUCCCUCUCGGCGAUCGAGCUCAUCGAGCUCGAGCGUGCGCCCGCGGAUCAAGCCGUACCUCGGCGCGACGCGGCGCACAGCGAGGAGUGGUCCCUCUCCGCUCUCGAGGCCUUCGCCUCCACCGCGUGGCCGUCGCUCGGCGCUCCGCCCGCGCCGGAGGCGGGCGUGCUGCAGCGCGACGCCGACUUGUGGCGCAGGCUGCGGCCGGAGCCGCCGCCGCCGCGGCUGACGCGGAGAGCGGUGCCGCUGCAGCGCGGGGCGGCGAGGCUGCGGGGAGGGCUGUUUCCCCCAGAGGGGUGA